AAAAAAGUGUUCAAUGUCAAUUAAAUUAACUGAUUAAGUCGUGUCCAUUUACUGCCCAAAAUUCUCUUGGCGCCCAAAAUUUGACCACCGCCCGCCCAAAUUCCCCCAUUCUUCAAUCAAUUGAAAAGUUUCCCCAAAAAAAAUCUGACUCACCCCUUUUAAUUGAUUUAUUUCCAUCUGGAUUUCCUUCUUCUUACCAUCCACUCAUCCAGCCACACACUCUCUGUCAUGAAAACAGAGAACCAAGGUUCCCCUCUUCUCAACCCUCGACUCUCACCUCCUUCUUCUCUCUUCACAGUCGCCGAACGCCCAUUCCUCCGACAAAGCCCCACUCAACUCGCACAGUCGCCACUGACCGAAAAGAAGGAAGCGAAGGUCCCUUCCCUACAUUGGAUAAGACGAUGGUGGAUGAUGACCAGUGCCUUCAAAUUCGAUGAUUGAACGUGAUGGUUAACGAUCUUGGGGAAGAUGAAGGAGAUUUACGGCAACAGAGACUUUUCUAGCUCACAUUCGCUUGUACGAGAAUCCCCCUUAUGUCCGAAAAUUAACUCCAAAACCAAGAACGGCGACAGGGACUUGUUCGGCUCAUCGUCGCCUAGCUUCCCUUUGUUUCCAAUUUUAUGGGUUUGGAUUUGGGGGUCUCCAAUUUCUGGGUUUCAAAGGGUUCUAGUUGCUAGGUUUGAGGGUUGCAAUUUCUGGGGUCCACGGGGUUUCCAUUGGGGGGUUUGGGGUUUGGAUUUUCUAGCAGGGGUUCUGAUUGCCUAUGUAUGUGAAAGAAGCUUUGUAGUAUUUUGAUUUUGAUUGCUAGGUUUGUGAAAGAAGAUUUGUUGAUUUUUAUUUUGAUUAUUUUUGAGUUUCAAAGAACUGUGGGUGCGUUUUUUUUGGCAAGGGUUACGAUUGUUGGCUUGGCGUCUGGCGAGUUGUUGUGGGCAGAGGAAGCCGUCAGCGAGUAAUAGAGAGGGGCUGGUUGGAGGGUAGGAAAAUGGUCGUCGACUAUGGCCUGGUCACCGAGGCAAACACUAAUUUUUUGUUUUGUUUUUGCGUCACGAUAUUUUAAUCACAGUUAUUUAUCUCAAGAUAAUUAGUAUUAAUCUUAUAUGAGAGAAAUUCUCUUUUCGUUAAAAAUAUGAUUUGGGAUUAUUAUUAUUAUUCGCCAAGAGUAUGAUUUGAGAAUAGGGAUAUACUUUCUCAUCACAGUCUUGGACGGGAAUUGUCGAUUAAUGUGGCACCCCAGUGCAAUUUUGCCGAGCAACACAAAAUUUCUAUAAAUCCCUCUCGUUUUCUUUUACGGAUUAUAAUCUUCCCUUCUUUUACUUAAUAAAACUAUUAAAGUGGA